AUGGAAGGAGAGAAUCAGACUAGCAUCUUUGAGUUCCUCCUCUGGGGACUCUCAGACCGGCCAGAGCAGCAGCACAUCCUCUUCCUUCUGUUCCUGUGGAUGUACGUGGUCACUGUGGCUGGGAACCUGCUCAUUGUCCUGGCCAUAGGCACUGACACACGUCUCCACACCCCCAUGUACUUCUUCCUCGCCAGCCUGUCGUGUGCAGACAUCCUUUUCACCUCCACCACCGUGCCCAAGGCCCUAGUGAACAUCCAGACCCAGAGCAGGUCCAUCUCCUAUGCAGGAUGCCUGGCUCAGCUCUACUUCUUUUUGACUUUUGGGGACAUGGACAUCUUUCUCCUGGCCACGAUGGCCUAUGACCGCUAUGUGGCUAUUUGCCACCCGCUCCACUACACCAUGAUCAUGAGCCUCCGGCGCUGCAUCCUCAUGGUGACUGUCUGCUGGACCCUCACAAGUCUCGUUGCCAUGACGCACACCUUCCUCAUAUUCCGGCUCUCCUUCUGCUCUAGGAAGAUCAUUCCUGACUUCUUCUGUGAUCUGGGGCCCCUGAUGAAGGUGUCUUGCUCUGAUACCCAGGUCAAUGAACUUGUGCUCCUCUUCCUGGGGGGAGCAGUCAUUUUAAUCCCCUUUAUGCUCAUCCUGGUCUCUUACAUCCUCAUCGUUUCAACCAUCCUCAGAGUCCCCUCUGCCCAGGGAAGGCUCAAAGUCUUCUCUACCUGUGGUUCUCACCUCGCUGUUGUUGCCCUGUUCUUUGGGACAGUGAUCCGGGCUUAUCUGUGCCCCUCACCCUCUUCCUCCAACUCAGUAGAGGAGGAUACAGCGGCUGCUGUCAUGUACACAGUGGUGACUCCCCUGCUGAACCCCUUCAUUUACAGCCUGAGGAACAAGGACAUGAAGUGUGCCCUGGUCAGACUUCUCAGGGGCAAAGCCUCCUUCUCAUGGGGACAGUGA